AUAAAAAGCAUUUAUGUUGCUAAUAACACUUCUCCUGUAGCUAAUAUGGGUAUAUAGCUAUAGGAUCUGAAGAAGCUUUGUAUUAGGUAACCUUACUUGACUUAACACUUAGUGGUACAUUCAUAACAACUGAACGACAUUUCGAGCACAAUUUUAUGCUCAUAAUCAUAUAAAUGUAUUCACACGGCUUCAUAAUUUGCUUUAGAUAUUUUUCCUCACUCCCCCUCAUUUUUUGUUGCAAUUCUACGUAUCUCCGUUGUGUCAUUUCGAUUGCACAUGUUCGGUGUUGAUCCGAUAAACAAAGAUUCAGUAACUAUCCUUUCUCUCCACCUAACUAUAUUACUUUUUGAUACCUUCACCCUGUCCCACCGUAUCGUUAUAUGAUUACAUGCAAGUGAAUGCAGUGCAAUGGCCAAGCUUUUUUCUAGGUUAUUUAAGCUAGAGGUGUCAGUCAUUCUAGGUUUCCGUGUUUCGAUAAUCUAACUGACCCCGAUCUACUAGUUUGACCUAUGUUAUUGACCUAGUAGUCAUUACAUAGUAUUUUUCAAAUUAUAUUCCUUUUCUUAAUUGAGUCUAUCUCGAAUAUAUCAAAAAUUGCAACGAAAAAUAAGAGGGAGUAAAGCUAUAUAUAACAUAUUCAGAGGUUAUGUGAAUACAUUAAUGUAAUUAUAAGCAAUAAAGUGUACUCCGAAUGUCAUCCGAUUAUUAGUACUGUAUCACUGUAUUCUACCAAGUAAGCUUACGUAAUAUUGAGUCAUAUUUUAUUACAGUGACUAAAUUCUGCUCUUGCAGUUAUAAUUUAUGGAGAUGAAUAUUCUUUGUUCCUAAACCAUGGUUUCAAUAUUUAUCUCUUCACACCCCAUGUUGUUUUGCCUGCUUGUUGUCUUUUUUUGUCUCAUGACGAUAAUGUAAUGCACAAAUAUGCUUAUUUAUUGGGCUAUCAACCAUAUUUAAUGUUUGAUGACUUAUUAUCCGAUUUGAAUGGGAGACCAACUAGCUAAAAGUCGAAUGCUGAGGUAUAUCAUCCCUAAUGUGGAAAUCAACUGGUGUUCAUAUCAUUUUAACAUUCAUUCUGCUUUGAGUGAGAUUUUAAAUAACUUUUAUAUUUAUCUCCUUUGCUCCCGAACAACCGUAAUUUUAACUUUCUUUCUCUACAUCAGUAAUGCUGGUGGCAAUUAUAUCAAUCGGCGUACCUAUGAACAUUUAGUCGGUGGAAAGAAACGAGAAGAUCUGCGUUAUACAGAUAUUGAUCGUGUUUUGGCCAAAUCAGCAUUUAAUAAUGAAGGUUUGAAAUAUUUAUGUUGCUUAAUUCCAUAUAUCAUUUCUAAAUAGUUAGUAGAAUCAUAGUUGUAGCAGAAAAUGGUUCAUGUUACUUAC